AUGUUUCCAUACCUGUCGCCAGCUCUCGUAGCCCUAGCUAUGUUGGCUACAACGGUCGCAGCUGGUCACGGUAAUAGUACUUCGUCUUGUUGCGUGUCUCUGCAAAAUUUAGGCAUAUCAGUUAUAUAUCCCGGCAACGAGUUAUAUGAGAAUCGUACGAAAUCUUAUUGGUCGAUCACGUCUCAGCUAACUCCUUCGUGCAUUACUCAGCCGACAUCUGCUGAACAGGUUUCGUUGGCCGUGACGACCUUGGUCGAGAGGUCUUCUUGUCAAUUUGCUGUCCGAAGCGGAGGUCAUUUUAUCUGGCCUGCCAACAACAUCGAGGAAGGUGUUACUAUUGACCUUGGGCUGAUGAAUGCAACGACAUACAAUGAAGUAUCCAAGGUCGCAUCUAUUUACCCCGGCUCUAGAUGGAGAGGCGUCUAUGAAAUCCUCGAUCCUCACAAUGUAACAGUACCAGGCGGUCGUGCUGCUUCUGUCGGAGUGGCUGGUUUCCUCACCGGCGGUGGUAAUUCCUUCUACUCGGCCCGCAAAGGCUUUGCCUGCGACAACGUAAUUAACUUCGAGGUUGUUCUAGCCAGCGGCGAGAUCAUCAAUGCCAAUACCACCGAUAACUCAGAUCUUUUUCAAGCACUGAAGGGAGGACAAUCCAACUUUGGCGUCGUUACUCGGUUCGACAUGCAGGCUUUCGAUGUCCCUCUUUUGUGGGGAGGUGUUGUACAAUACAACAAGACCACUGGUCCUCAUCACAUUGAUGCGUACGUUGACUGGACCAACAACGUGCAGAACGACGUGAAUGGUUCUGCUAUCGUCUUUUGGUCGUACCAACCAUCUCUCAAGGACAUAAUCAUCAUCGCUGCUUACGAAGACACGGGUGGUAACGUAGAAGCACCAGCGUUUGAUGAGUUCUUUGCAAUUCCCGAUAAUCUAUCGACCACCAUGCGAACAGCUAGCCAUCUAGAACUCACGAACGAACUUGAGCAGCCCAGUGGCUAUCGCGAUAUCUGGUGGACAGGAACUAUUAAGAACGACAAGCGCGUGUAUGAGAAGAUCAUCGAGCUCCAUGAAGAAUUGUGCGAUUUCAUGGACGAGCAGUCUCCAGAUGGUGAUUUUGUAACCCAGGCUAUGUUCCAGUCCAUCCCCACAAUUUUCUCUAAGCACAGUGCCGCCAAUGGUGGUAACGUUCUAGGACUUGAUCGUGAAACAGAGAAUGUGGUCAUGCUCCUGUUCACGCUCGCGGUCAAUGGUGUUGAGCAGGAGGCCGUCGCCCAGGAACAAAUGCGCAAAUUUGGUGACGCGACGAUGGAAUAUGCUGCCAGCAUUGGCGCCACUGCUGAAUGGGAAUACAUCAAUUAUGCCUAUCAGCAACAAGACCCUCUCGCUAGCUACGGUGCACAAAAUGUUGGAAAAAUCCAGGCAGCGGCUCUUAAGUACGACCCGACCGGCGUUUUUCAGACACGAGCUCCUGGUGGCUUCAAGAUUACGCGAUUCAAAGGCACUGUAGGAUGA